GAGUGUCAGGAACAUAACCAUAUGCAGGACAGUUGAGUUCAGGUUCUGAGGUUCAGCUCCAUCCAACAGGUGCAGUGCAAACUUGAAGCAACACCAUGUAACUUUUGCUUACGGUUCCCUCAUGGUUGAUAAGCGCAAUUGUCUGUUACCAGUGUCGUAAAUACUGUCGCUGUAUAAGCUUGCCUGUGGGCAGCGCAAUACACGUGAAUUUGUUGACUAAGCUGACAGAACCUGCGAAUGGAGAAACCUCGUUUGGAAACCAUGUCCACCGACCAAGACAUUCUCAUAAUGGAUACAGAACUUUCUAAAACUGAUGACAACUGUGGCGAUCACUCCACUACUGAACAGGGCAUGGAAAAAACACAGCAGUCCUUGGAACCCUGUGAGAAACCUGACGAUAAACAGUCAAAAUCUAAGCAGGCCGCUAGCAAUGAGAUCCCAGAAAAGAUGCCUGCCGCAGUGGUUGAGGCACCUGGAGAAGAGCAAAAUCCAAAACAAAAAGGACAGAAGAAGAAACCCAGAAAUCCAUUUAUGCCCCAGGUUGCCGCAAAGAACAAAGGAACACAGAAGAAGAAUGGAAACCAAAAUGAAGACAGUGGCAGUGACCUUGCAGAGACUAAAGGCCACAAGAAGUCCCUCAUGGAAUGGCUGGAUGAGUUCCGUUUAAGUGAAACUCAGAGAGAGGAUGAGGAGGAUCUUGAUGGCCUCAUGGAUUGGUGGAACACUGUGGAGCAAUGGGAAGACAUGCCCAAAAGUGACAACAUGACAGAGAAAGAGGAAGCCAAGGCUUUUGCUGUAACAGCUGAAAAGGUGCAAAAGGGCAUACGAGUGUUUAACAAACUUUUCUCAGAACGGGCGGAAGGACUGUGGCAGCAUGUGAUCGACCUGCAUGCCAUUGCUGAUGGCCUAGACCGAUUCAACAAGAAAACCAAGAUUGCCCAGAUCACUGGUGGCUCCACCAGUGCUGUGGGAGGUGUUGCUACCAUAACUGGCCUCAUCUUAGCACCUUUCACAAUGGGAACCUCUCUGAUCGUCACUGCAGUUGGCCUGGGUGUUGCCAUGGCAGGUGGUCUUACCUCUGCAUCCGCUGGGAUAUCCAGUACCGUCAACAACACUUUGGAUCGCAGAAAGGUAGAGCGCAUUGUGGAAGACUAUCAGGCGAAGAUGGCUGACCUUAACAAGUGCAUGAAGUUCAUCAAGCAAGGCAUUACAAACCUACGCAAGUUCAACCUGAAUAAGAUGAAGAACAAUGCAUACAAUCGAGACUUCCCUUGUUUUGACAAUAUCUAUGAGGACAGCGCUAUGGCGGGCAAAGCUAUUCUAACCAAUGCCAAUGAAAUUAUGCGUGUGAUGCAGAUAGCCAAUGCGGCGGGAACCACUGCGGCACGUGCUGUGCAGAUCGCUAGUAUAUCCACAGGUGUUCUGACGGGGCUUUUUGUCGGGAUGGACAUCUAUUUUGUGGCCAAGGACUCCCAUGAACUGAAAAAUGGUGCAAAGUCAGAAUUUGCUGCCAAGAUUAGAGAGGUGGCAGAUCAGCUACAUGAGGGCUUGAUGGAACUUAACAUAAUCCGAGAUGAGUUGCGAUUGACCACCACUCUGAAAGAAGACAAACCAUCUUGACAAACCUCUGUAAACACUCCUCUGAGUUUAUUAUUACAUUCACAAUAGAUGAUAUAAAAUUGUAUGGUUAUAGAACUAUACUGGCUUUCCUUAUUCGACAGAAGAGGAAAUUUGGGAUCUUAACUUGUUUUUAUUACUUUAUUUCCACUGCUUGUUAGGGUAUAAUUG